AUGGCCGCGGCCACCUCUAACCCCUACCUCCCCGGCAACGGCAUCCUGGCGGCCGGCUCCAUCGUCCACGCGGACUCGGGCGGCGGCGGCGGCGGCGGCGGCGGCGGCAUGCAGCCGGGGAGCGUGGCCGUCACCUCGGUGGCGGGCGGCUACCGCGGCGACCCGGCGGCCAAGAUGGUCCAGAGCGACUUCAUGCCGGGCGCCAUGGCCGCCAGCAACGGCGGCCAUAUGCUGAGCCAUGCCCACCAGUGGGUGACAGCCCUGCCCCACGCCGCCGCCGCCGCCGCCGCCGCCGCCGCCGCUGCCGCCGAAGCGGGCUCGCCCUGGUCCGGCAGCCCCGUGGGCAUGACGGGCAGCCCCCAGCAGCCGCCGCCGCCGCCCGACGUCAAGGGCAGCGGCGGACGCGACGACCUGCACUCGGGCGCGGCGCUGCACCACCGGCCGCCCCACCUGGGCCCCCCGCACCAGGGGCACCCGGCGGCCUGGGGGGCGGCGGCGGCCGCCCACCUACCCUCCAUGGCCGGCGGGCAGCAGCAGCAGCAGUCGCUCCUCUACUCGCAGCCCGGGGGUUUCACGGUGAACGGCAUGCUGAGCCCCCCCCCCGGCGGUCAGAGCCUGGUGCACCCGGGGCUCGUGCGCGGCGAGACGCCGGAGCUGGGCGAGCACCCCGGGCAUCACCACCACCACCACCACCAGCACCCCGGGCACCACCCGCCGCACCACGGCGGCGUCAACAGCCACGACCCGCACUCGGACGAGGACACGCCGACCUCCGACGACCUGGAGCAGUUCGCCAAGCAGUUCAAGCAGCGGCGGAUUAAGCUGGGCUUCACCCAGGCCGACGUGGGGCUGGCGCUGGGCACCCUGUACGGCAACGUCUUCUCGCAGACCACCAUCUGCCGCUUCGAGGCCCUGCAGCUCAGCUUCAAGAACAUGUGCAAGCUGAAGCCUUUGUUGAACAAGUGGCUGGAGGAAGCCGACUCUUCCACGGGCAGUCCCACCAGCAUCGACAAGAUCGCCGCCCAGGGCAGGAAGAGGAAGAAGCGGACCUCCAUCGAGGUGAGUGUCAAGGGGGCCUUGGAGAGCCACUUUCUGAAAUGCCCCAAGCCCUCCGCCCAGGAGAUUACGAACCUAGCGGACAGCCUGCAGCUGGAGAAGGAGGUGGUCAGGGUUUGGUUUUGCAAUCGGAGGCAGAAAGAGAAACGGAUGACCCCCCCGGGGAUCCAGCAGCAGACCCCCGACGAUGUCUACUCCCAGGUCGGCACCGUCAACUCCGACACGCCGCCCCCUCACCACGGACUGCAGACCAGCGUGCAGUGAGGGCGCCGCGGGCGGGCCGGGCAGCGCGGGGCAGCGCGGGC